AUACUUCCUGCAGAGGGACACACAAACAACAUUAAACAAACCCUCACGGAGCUUGAAAUCAUCGUUUUGUCGUUCCACUUACAGACACAUACACAAAAGCACAACCAUCAUGUCGAUGUCAGCGGCGCAGGCAAGGACAGCUCUUAAAAAGGUAAUGCAAUACGCUGAGGAAGGCAUCCACUACGAUGACGACGGGGAGCUUGAACUACUAACGGAGAGAGUGCCCAGCUACUUCGAUGUCAGAAUGAACAUUCAUGCAAGCAUCGCUGCGAACGGAGAGGAGUCGCUCAGAGCAUGGAUGCUAUUGGCACGGUUCACAGAGGCGCGUGAUUUGCGUGUAGACGACAGUGCUGAUACCGGUGCAUACAGCUUGAGAAAAGUGGUUGGUUGGAUGUGCACAGAAGGGAUGUCUGCUGAAGGGGACGUGGAUAUGACAAAGCAGCAGCAGGGCGGAACAUACACAGCAGCUGAUUUCAAGAAGAUGCUUAUGACACAGGCGAGGAAAUGGGGAAUGCUUGUUGAAGAUUCUAACGAUGAGCUGAAGAGCGGUGCAGCAGAAAUUCUGUUGCUGUCGCGUUUGAAGGACAUACCGCAAGCUCCCCCGCAAGACUUCCAAGAUCUUUCAGUCAUUAUUGCAAACGGGGUGGAGUAUGUUUUACUCAACCAGCUGGUGGAUUUCAUGCAAAAGACUCAGGAGGAAGACGAAGAGGAAAACUGUGCGAUAGAAAUGUCAGAAGAAGUACAACACGAAAGAAUGCAAGAACGAGGAGAAGGUGACAACAGUGACGGUCACCAUAAUGUCGAUGCAGAGGAGAGCGAUCUGGAGGGAGAAGAGGCAGAGGGAGAGGACAGAUCCGAGGAGGGUGGAGAGGCAGAGGAAGGCAACAAUGAAGACGAAGAAAGAGAGAUUACAUCUGCUGAGAACAGUGCACAAUGCGGAACUGAUGAGAAAAAGGGAGGCGCACCGGAGACUUCAUCGAACGACAAACAAAUUGUGGGGAGGGAGAAUGUACCGCUACAAGGUAAGAUGAAGGGCGCCUUAUAAAGACACCACUAUCUAUGCAAAGCACAGUCGUUGUUGCAUGCCGCAGAAACGA